AUGUACGCCAAACAACUAGCCUUGGCAUCGGCCGUGGCCAUGGCAGUAACGGCAGCCGCCGUCCGGCCAGAGCAUCCACGCAUCUAUUUUCCGCGAGAGAUCAAGCGAGAAUAUCAGAAUUCUACCAUCACCAGGCACCAGCCGAUGCCUCAUACCACCACCCACACCCCUUCUUCGUCUUCCACUAGAGGGGAUUUGCUCACCGACCUCAUCUCCGACAUAUUGGGCUCGGAUCAAUCGCACGGGUCGACAACGACGGAGAAACCUCACCAAAGCGUUCCAGUAGGCCGGCCGUCCGGAUCUGGCUUGCCCCAACAGACCGUUUUGCCCAGUACAAAGACCACCGAGUCGGAACAAAAGCCCAUCUCGCACACAAGGUCCUCAACCGACCCUGGUAUUAUCAUUGGUCCUACGGGGGUAGUGUCUACGAGCACGCCUGUGACGAUAGCCAAGCCUCCUGUCAUGACUUCUAGUGAUCCGCCUCGCACAAACAACACCCCCACGACGGAUGAGCUCACCGACAAGCAUAGUUCGGCUAAUCCGACCAUUGGGAACGGCCCUAUACCAGAUGUGACUCCUAUUAGCACAAGCGGUGGCAUCUUGAAUCCAGUUGGCACGUUGCUUAGCAGCCUUUUACCUGGCCCUGAAAGCACGACCACAAAGAAGGACACUCCUGCCCCCGAAAGCACUUCCACAAAUAAGGACACGCCUGGCCCCGAAAGAACGCACGAAGGACACGCCUGGCCCCGAUAG